GAAUCCAUGGCUUCAAGGGGACGGACAGAUAAUAACUGUAAUGUAAUGGCAAGCCGUUUCUCUCUUUUAUCUUUUUAUAGAAGAAAGAGAAAAGAUAACCAAAACGCCAAGGGCUUGAGGGUCUAGGGAAAGACACCCAUACACUUAGUUACCAACGAUUGAAUCGGAGGCUUCAGCCUUGGACGACGAUGUCGUACUGGUACUUGCACAGUAUUAGAAGAAUGGAACUCAAUACUACGUACCUACCUAAGUACUUAGUGCAGAGUCACUCGUUGGGAGAAAAAAAAAAAAACUAACAAUGCAUGAUAACCAACAGUAUUAUCAUUCAAGCUAACCCACACCUAUAAGAUUCGAAUGCCACACACAUCAACCACGUACUUAUUAUAGAACAAUCUGAUUCCGUGCGAGAGCUCGAUUUACAUGCCCUUUUUCGUGAUCCAAAACCCCAGAGAAAGCGCAUAUCUACACAAUGGCUGACAAAUUUUUCUUCAAGACCCGUGUCCAAAUAGUUGGCUGGACGUCCGCCGCGGUUAUUGUAGCUGCUGUAACAUGGCAAGCUCUCACGCUAUCCUCAGGCACUCAGUGUCGGUGUUUCCCCGGCGAUGACUGCUGGCCAUCCCCUGCCAACUGGGCAGCAUUAAAUCAAUCCGUCCAUGGGGCUCUAGUAGCCACGGUACCCAUUGGCAGUCCUUGUCACGAUACUUUCCCUGGUGUUGCCUACGACGCUGAGAAGUGCGCGGAGAUCCAAGCCAACUGGCCUCGCCCCGAGCUGCAUGAAAAGACCGCGCACUCUGUCAUGGCAUCCAUUUUCGCCAACAUGAGCUGUGACCCUUUCACGGCCCGAGAUGCCCCUUGCAAGAUAGGUACCUAUGUGCCAUAUGCUGUCAAUGCAUCCGGGGCGGCCGACUAUAAGAAGACAAUAGCUUUCGCGAAAGAACACAACAUCCGCCUUGUCGUACGGAAUACGGGGCACGACUAUAUGGGCAAGUCGACAGGUGCUGGUGCUCUAGCCCUUUGGACGCACUACAUCAAGGGCACACACAUCUUUGACUAUAGCUCUCCGGCUUAUCGCGGAAAAGCAAUGAAGAUUGGCGCCGGGGUUGUGGCGGGUGAAGCCCAACGAACUGCGACGGCUGAGGGCUAUGUCGUUGUUGAAGGCGACUGUGAAACUGUUGGUAUUGCUGGCGGUUACGCGCAAGGUGGCGGCACCAGCCCUCUCGCAUCCAAGUUUGGUCUUGCCUCUGAUCAAGUCUUGGAAUGGGAAGUUGUGACGGCCGACGGCACGCUCCGGGCCGCAACACCGACCCAAAACCAAGACCUGUACUGGGCACUCUCAGGUGGCGGCGGGGGUACGUACGGCGCCGUGCUCUCUAUGACCGUCAAGCUACAUAAGAACAUGCCAACUUCGGCUGUCACAAUGAGCUUCACUGAAGUUACUGACACUUUCUGGGAGAUCUUACGGAUCUUCAUCAUGAACCUACCAGCAGCUGUUGACGCUGGGGCCACUCUGUAUUGGAUGGUCGUUCCUGGUAAUACGUUCCUGAUGCCGCAGACCUAUUUUCCCAACGGCACUGCUGCCGAGUUCGCACAGCUCCUGCAGCCGACGCUGCAAGCCCUUGAAGAUAACAUGAUUCAGUAUGCCUUUAAUCAGAUGGACUUUCUAACCUUCGAAGACGCUUAUAACACUCUCAAUCCAACCAUGAAUAUAAGCGCCAUCAAUUUUGGAGGCCGUAUCAUUCCUAGAUCACUAGUGGCAACUGAUGAUUCUGCCUCGGACUUAGUCAGCGCUAUUCACUCUAUGACGGACAACCUCGCUACCUUCGCAGGAGUCUCAAUGAACGUCAGCAAGCCCCCGACCUCCCCCAACGCUGUCCAUCCCGCAUGGCGUGACUCGAUAUUCUUCGCAUUAUACGGCUUACACUACGACCAAGCUAACUACACUGCUAACGUUGUAGCACAAAGUGUGGUAAACGAUGUCCUGAGCCCACCAUUGGACAAGUUGGUGCCAGAAAGAGCUGCUUACCUCAACGAAGCAAACUUUGACCAAGCGGACUGGAAGCACUCGUUUUAUGGUAAAAAUUACGCGAAGCUGUUGGCCAUCAAGAGAAAAUACGACCCGCACAACGUGUUCUGGGGAAGUACGGCCGUGGGUGGUGAAGCAUUACAGGUCAUGGCAGAUGGACGGCUUUGUAAAGCAUAAUGUGUCGAUGAGUUGAAGUUUGAUCUAUGUUACGCAUAGUUGGAGCUAUAGAUUUUAUACCAUGGUUGAUUUAUUCAUCUUUCGUGUUUACUAUAACAAGGGCAGUUGAACUGGGCUUGGAACUGAGGAUUCUGAUUACAAUGAUCAACUAGGGCUGCAGUAGUCCUUGACCAACCAACUCCUUCUCGGCUGUUGGUGGCUUGAGAUGACUCUAUAUACAAAUGAUCUGCCAGCCUAGACCGCCUGGGUCUCUAGGGUCUGUUUCAAGA